AAUAGUUCAUUCACUUGACCCAUAUUGAACUUUAGGUACAACACAAUACAACACAACACACUCACUCUUUUUUUAUAUAUAAAUAUUCCUUUCACAACCCCCUUUCAACCUUCAUAACCAUAAUAUAAACCUUUCACAAUCCAUUCUUUUCAUAUCCCUAACUAAAUACCAUAUCAUAUCAUAUAAAAAAAAAUGGGUGUUGUAGGCACAUGUGAAACCAAGAGAUCAGAGCUUAUUGCCUUUCACCGGAAUCUAGUGGCUACCGCCGGUAUCCACCGGAGAAAAGACGAUGAAGGGUUAAGAAAAAACAAAUAUUUUUCUUCUUUAGAUGAAGAUGAUGAAGAAAAAAGAACAACCUUGGUUUGUGUUACAAGUGGUGUUUCUUAUUUGGGUCUUGCUUUGGUCAACCAUCUUUUGGUCUUAGGUUAUUCUGUUAGAAUAACUAUUGACAACCCAGAUGAGAUAGAGAAAUUGAGGGAAAUGGAAAGAUAUGAAGAAAGUAACUUGGAAAUAAUAAUGGCAAAGCUAAGUGAUGUUGAUAGUUUGGUGAAAGCAUUUGAAGGAUGUCGUGGCGUUUUUCAUACCUCUGCAUUUACUGACCCCGCUGGUCUCUCUGGAUACACUAAAUCCAUGGCUGAGAUUGAAGCGAAUGCAGCAGAAAAUGUGAUGGAAGCAUGUGCAAGAACACCUUCAAUUAAAAGAUGUGUAUUCACAUCAUCACUAGCUGCUUGUAUUUGGCAAGAAAAUGUAAACUCAAAUCUUACUCCAAUUAUUAAUCAUGAAUCUUGGAGCAAUGAGUCACUCUGCGUAAACAAAAAGCUAUGGUAUGCAUUAGGCAAGAUGAGGGCAGAGAAGGCAGCUUGGAGAAUAGCCAAAGAGAAAGGUUUAAAACUCACUACCAUUUGUCCAGCACUUAUCACAGGACCUGAAUUUUGUCCUAGGAAUCCAACAUCAACAAUUGCUUAUCUCAAAGGAUCACAAGAAAUGUAUGCAAAUGGUUUACUAGCAACAAUUGAUGUAAAAAAAGUAGCUGAAGCUCAUGAAUGUGUGUUCAAGGAAAUGAACGGAAAUGCUUAUGGUAGAUACAUUUGUUUUGAUGAUGUAAUUAAUGUUCAAAGUGAAGGAGAGAAGCUAGCAAAGGAGAUUGGAAUGCCUAAAGAAAAGAUAUGUGGAGAUGCAUCAAAUAGUUCUUUGCAAAGAUUUGAGUUAUCAAAUAAGAAGUUAUGGAGACUCAUGUCUAGGCCACUAAGGUGUUCUAGUGAAUGUUAGAUGAAAAUCAUGAAUCAUGUCAUGUCUUAAUGUUCUUAGAUUUGUGGUUUUUCUUUGUUUAGGAGUGGAUAGAAAAUAGGUGAGGUAUCCUUUAUUUAGUUUUUUUUUUUUGUCAAUGAUGGGGAGUCCCACAUGGGUAACAUGUAGUUUGUUUGGUAAUUGCUUGUAUUCAUUUAUCAUCAAGUUUUAUAUAUAUCUUUAUUCAAUUUUGUUAAAAACAAUA